AUGAUUGAGAAAAAUAUUUGUAAAAUAAAAAUGAAAUAUUUAUUUGGUGUUGUUAUACCGGGCUUAUUGGUAAAAAAAUUAGAUAAAGAUUUUGUUUAUUUAUGUGGUUCAAUAAAAGAAUUAGGACAAUGGACAUUAAAGAAUUGUCCGAAAAUGUCUGAACAAAAACAAUGUCCACAACAGACAAUUCUUCACAAUGAACCAAAAUUUUUUCAAGUAGAAUUAGAUUUGCCAUCAAUGAUACGAAAAUUUGACUAUAAAUAUGUUGUUCAUUCACAAGAUGAUGGUGAAUUAUGGGAAGGAAAAAUCAAUGUUAAUCGAUCAUGGAUAAUGAAUGAAGAAAAUAUUAUUGAUGAAGAGUAUUAUACUCCAUUAGACUAUUGGAUUGAACCUCUAACAGACUUGCCUACGAAUAAACCUGAAGAAGAAAGUUUGACUGCAUUUACAUUAUACUACUAA